AAUCAUCCUUAUGAUGCGAACAUUAUUAAAAAUUAUGAUCAAUCAUUUCUAAAUGAGUUGCCUGAACCUCAAAAGAAGUCAAAGAAAAUGAGUCAAAAGAAAAAGAGGAAUGAUUCAAAAGAAAAGGUCAAAAAUGAGAAAGUUGGGAAUAAACAGAAAAUUAUGAAUGUGGAUAAUACCGUUGGAGAAUUUGAGGAAGGCAAAAAUUGA